AUUUUAACAUUGUGAUCAUUGCUGGAUUUCAGGACAAGAGAGGAAUGGAGGAGGACAACCAGAACCAGGAGCAGCGGAGCAACAAGGUCCCCAGAAGACGAGCAGCAGACUGGGACUCUGAUACCAACGAGGUCCCCAGGAGACCAGCAGCAGACUGGGACUCUGAUACCAACGAGGUCCCCAGGAGACCAGCAGCAGACUGGGACUCUGAUACCAACGAGGUCCCCAGGAGACCAGCAGCAGACUGGGACUCUGAAACCAACGAGGUCCCCAGGAGACCAGCAGCAGACUGGGACUCUGAUACCAACGAGGUCCCCAGAAGACAAGCAGCAGACUGGGACUCUGAUACCAACGAGGUCCCCAGAGGACAAGCAGCAGACUGGGACUCUGAUACCAACGAGGUCCCCAGGAGACCAGCAGCAGACUGGGACUCUGAUACCAACGAGGUCCCCAGAAGACCAGCUGCAGACUGGGACUCUGAUACCAACGAGGUCCCAAGGAGACCAGCAGCAGACUCAGACUCUGAUACCAACGAGGUCCCCAGGAGACCAGCAGCAGACUCAGACUCUGAUAGCAGCCAUGUUCAGAAACGGAGAGGAAGAAAGGGACCCAAACGUCACCACUGUCAACACUGUGACAAGUCCUUCACAAGAUCUGAUCAUUUAAAGAUUCAUCAUAGAGUUCAUACUGGAGACAAACCUUACAGCUGUGAUCUAUGUGGGACAGCUUUCGCACAACGGAGUUCCCUAAAAAGCCAUCAACGCAUUCACACUGAAGAUAAACCUUACAGAUGUGAUCAAUGUGGGACAGCUUUCGCACAACUAAGUUCCCUAAAAAUGCAUCAAAGCCUUCACACUGGAGAUAAACCUUACAGCUGUGAUGAAUGUGGGGCAGCUUUCGCACGACAGAGUACCCUAAACAGACAUCAACUCAUUCACACUGGAUAUAAACCUUACAGCUGUGAUCAAUGCGGGAAAACCUUUUCUACGAGUAGUGUACUACAACUCCACCGAAGUGUUCACACUGGCGAGAAGCCGUACUGGUGUGAUCAAUGUGGGAAAAUGUUUGCUCAGAGUGGCAACCUUAAAAAACACCAGCGCAUUCACACUGGAGAGAAGCCGUACUCGUGUGAACAAUGUGGGAAAACGUUUUCUGAGAGUAGUAACCUUAAAGCUCACCAGCGCAUUCACAUGGCCUCGUAGUGAACAUGUUUCAGAGCCAAGCUGUUUCCUCCUGCCUCCUCCUCAUGCCCUGAUAGCUGAGUUGUUAUAUUCUGAUCUUCUCUCCACAUUGAAGGCUGACCAGCAGUAACUUUAUCUUCUGAACACCAUGGAUGUUAUCCUGGCUAUGACUACAUAUUACGCUCCCUCCCUUUCAAGGGAUUAAUUCCACUCAAAAUUAGCUUUUAUUCCUGUAAUAAAAUAUUCUGAGUUCCGGGUUCAACUGCUAGCGCUAUUUAUCUAAUGCUGCAACGAAGGAGUAUUUUUUCAUAAUUUAAGAAAAUCUCAUCACUAUUUACUAAGGUAAAGUCAAGUUGCUGAAAUAUUUAGUCUAUUGU